AUGUCUCCUAAGGAUCAACCAACCGACGUCGACGAGAAGGUACUGUCGCAGUCUUCUCAGCAGUCCAUCCACAAAGAAGACAUCGCACAGUCGGUGCAGAUAGACCAAGAAGAGCCUGUUGUCCAAGACUGGUCGGAGAAAGAAGAGAAGAAGCUCGUGAGGAGGAUUGACAAUCAUGUCUUCCCCAUGCUUUGCAUCAUUUUCGGCUUCUCUCUUCUUGACCGAACCAACAUCUCGGCCGCGUAUAUUGCGGGCAUGUCAGAGGAUUUGGAACUGCACAUUGGAGCACGAUAUUCAAUCGCAUUGCUGGUCUUUUUCAUCGGUUAUGCUCUUUUCGAGAUUCCCUCCAACAUGGUGAUUCGUCGUGUCGGUGCUCGCGUGUGGCUCCCGUUUCUCAUCAUCGUCUGGGGAUCAUCAGUUCUGGCAAUGGGGUUCGUGCAUAGCUGGGUCUCAUUGACUGUCCUGAGAGUGAUCUUAGGUAUCUUUGAGGCUGGAUUGUAUCCUGGAGCUGUUUUCAUCAUUGCCUCCUGGUAUAAAAAGUACGAGAUGGCGGCUAGAAUCUCUCUCUUCUAUAUGGCUGCCCUCUUCGCCUCUGGAUUCGGGCCUAUCUUUGCAUAUGUUCUCUCUUUGAUUCGUGUCGGAGACGGUAUGUACCGACAGGGCUGGAGAUGGAUCCCUGAAAAGGCCAAAUUUCUCAAUGAACGAGACAAACAUAUUGCGCUGGCGCGCCUACAAGAGAAUAGAGUGAAAACAUCUUCAGUCGAAGGACACGCGACCGUCAAGGAGGUGCUCCGCAUGCUCCUGGAUUGGAAACUGAUCGUCUUUUCAUUCCAAUACUUCACAGCAGCUGCGACCGUGUAUGCGCUCGCAUAUUUCCAACCCAUCAUUCUACGCCAGGGCAUGGGAUACAGCUAUGCACUGGCGCAACUUCUAUCCAGCCCACCGUACGUAUUCGCGGUGAUCAUGAGUCUCACGAGCGCAUGGGUUUCGGAUCGACUCCGGAUUCGAUGGCCCAUUAUCUGUGCACAGUGUGCGAUCGCCGUGGUGGGUUUGAUCAUCGUUCUGUACGGACGCCUCCCUGGGGUGCGAUACUUUGGUCUUUUCCUGGCUGUGUAUGGAUCACAGGCAAACGGACCUCAGUUUUUGGCGUAUGGACAGAACCAAACGGCUACUUUGAAUAAAAAGGGCAUCGUUGCUGCUGUCAUGAUCAGUGUUGGUGCUGCUGGCGGUGUGACGGGAAGUACUAUCUUUCGAGCUCAGGAUGCGCCGCAAUACAUCCCCGGCAUGUGGACAACCAUCAGUCUGCAAAUCAUGACUGGUAUUAUUACUUUCAUCACCUCCAUGUGGCUCAAGAGGCAGAACAGAUUGGCCGACGAAGGAAAGAGACCUGCUUUGGAAGGCGUUGAAGGUUUCAGAUACGCUCCAUGA